UGCCCAAGGCUCAUGGCUGAGGAGUGUGGGCGAGUCGCGGCCGCCGCCGCCGCAGCUGUAGUGGCGGGAAGGAGGCGGAAAAGCGCCGGAGAGACGGGGCUGGUGAGCCCGGAGGCGGCUGGAGACGAAGAUUCGUGCUCUUCGUCCGCCCCGCUCUCGCCGUCGUCUUCGCCCCGCUCGCUGGCCUCGGGCUCCGGCGGCUGCGCGCCCAGCAAGUGCGUCUGCAACAGUUGCGGCCUGGAGAUCAUCGACAAAUACCUACUCAAGGUAAAUGAUUUGUGCUGGCAUGUACGCUGUCUCUCUUGCAGUGUAUGCAGAACUUCUUUAGGAAGGCACACCAGCUGCUACAUCAAAGACAAAGACAUUUUCUGCAAACUAGACUAUUUCAGACGGUAUGGAACCCGCUGUUCUCGUUGUGGCAGGCACAUCCAUUCCACUGAUUGGGUCCGAAGAGCUAAGGGAAAUGUGUAUCACUUGGCAUGUUUUGCCUGCUUCUCCUGCAAAAGGCAGCUUUCCACAGGGGAAGAGUUCGCUUUGGUCGAAGAGAAAGUCCUUUGUAGGGUACAUUAUGACUGCAUGUUGGAUAAUCUGAAAAGAGAAGUUGAAAAUGGGAAUGGUAUUAGUGUAGAAGGUGCAUUAUUAACAGAACAAGAUGUUAAUCAUCCAAAACCAGCAAAAAGAGCUCGGACCAGUUUCACAGCAGAUCAGCUGCAGGUAAUGCAAGCACAGUUUGCUCAGGACAACAAUCCAGAUGCACAAACACUCCAAAAACUGGCAGAAAGAACAGGCUUGAGCAGGCGUGUGAUACAGGUGUGGUUUCAAAACUGCAGAGCUCGCCACAAGAAACACGUUAGCCCCAAUCACUCAUCUACUACUCCUGUGACAACAGUCCAGCCUCCCAGGCUUUCUCCACCAAUGUUAGAAGAAAUGGCAUAUUCAGCAUAUGUACCCCAGGAUGGGACAAUGUUAACUGCUCUACAUAGUUACAUGGAUGCUCAUUCACCUUCUGCUCUUGGACUCCAGCCUUUGCUACCCCAUUCAAUGACACAACUGCCAAUAAGUCACAGCUAACUCAUUUAUUUCAGGGACAUGAGACUAAGGAGGUACCCUUUGAGUCGGCUAUUGUACUCUGUCAUUGAAUAUCAGAUUAAUCUUAAA